AUGGAGGUAGAAUCAUUGAAGCAGGAGGAGAACAAGACGAUGAUGAUGAUGGCUCAGCACGAUCGCAACCCCAACAAAAAACGCAGAAGAAAAAUCAUAUGUUUGGUGGUUAUAUCUGUGAUUUUAGCUUUAGCACUAAUUUUCACUAUUCUAGGGCUCACAGUUUUCAAGGCCAAGCGUCCCGUGAUCACCGUCAAUUCCGCUGUUCUUUCGGAUCUACAUUUCUCCUUUGACAUGGCCAGGCUCCGGGUCUUCUUGAAUGUUACCGUCGAUACCAGCGUCGCCGUGAAGAACCCUAACAGAGUUGGUUUCGAGUACAUAAACAGCACUGCUUUAUUAAAAUACAGAGGCGACGUGGUGGGUGAGGUCCCCGUUCCGGCCGGGAAAAUUGGCGCCCGAGACUCGAAGAUCAUGAACGUGACGCUGACACUUAUGUUGGAUCGGGUGUUGUCCAACUCCAAUUUGUAUUCCGACAUCAUGUCUGGUACGUUGCCUCUCCAAACAUACGCGAGAAUUGCUGGAAAAGUGCGCAUGUUGUUCAAUAUUCAUGUGGUCUCCUACUUUAGUUGUGAUUUGGAAGUAAGUAUUUCCAGCAGGAAUAUUACUAAACUGCAAUGCCACUAUAAGACCAAAUUAUAG